UUGGAGGCAGAUACAGCUCAGAUUUGAACUCUUCAUCUUGAUUUACCCUAAGAAACGGGUAAUAAUAAUCGGCCUAAUUUUUGGCCUAAGACCUACGUGAGCCUAAGAAAAUAAUUGGUUAUUUUUUUUUCGUUCUGCAGAUGAUUCAUACGAAAAGGAAAACAUACCAAUAAUAUUUUUAGGCUCGCUUAGGCCGUAGGCCAAAAAUUAGGCCGAUUAUUAUUACCCUUUGCCAAGACAAUUUGGAUGUCCACACAUUCUAGGAUGACUCAUCUGUCUCAUUCACUUUUUGAAGUACACAUAACUCUCGGAUUUAAAUCCGAGGUUUCCGCAUUUAUUUAUUCAUUGGUUAAGCUAAAACCUUUAGGAUGUUGUAUUGUGUCUGAAACUUGUCUAUGGAUAAAACUUUAGAUGGAAAUCUUAUAAUGAAGGUUUCUGAAAGGAUGUUUCCUAGAGAAGGAAAAUUUCAAUAUAAGAAUGUCAUAGUAACAGAAAAACUGAUUUUCCGAAUAUCGAUGAUCUUAACGAGAGUAGUUUUGUUGUGAAAGUGUCAGAUCUUUUGAUUCGGUUCUAUCUUGAAAUUCGAAUAUUAAAUCAUCUAGUUUACGUGAGCGGUCUACAAGACACACUAUCAAUUCGAAAUUUGAAGAUCAUUUUUUCUGUUAACACAACAUUCAUUUAAAAAUAUUCUUUUAAUUUAGUUUUUAUUAAAUCUUCAAAUGUUUCUUCACAAGUAUCAUUAAAUAAUUCUUUAACUUAUAUUCAUACAAUAAGUAUUCGACAAUCGAUAAUUUAUUUUAUUUGGUUCAUGUUAUGCAUCAAGUAUAAAUAGUGCAAUACGAGAGUAAAAUAAACAAAAAAAAAUGAAUUUGAUCUAUUCUGUUUUUUUGUUUUCUAUUUUAGAGUUUUUAUUGAACUAAAAAAAAAUUAGUCUUAAAAAAUAUAUUAAUACAAAUGAAAGUGAUUUUCAAGCUGCUGUACUCGAUUUACUUGUUCAAUUACUUUUAAUUCGUCAUUUUAUUUAUUGUAUUGCUGAAUUUCUUGUUAUGUUAUCACAUGAUACACUUCAUUCAAAACGAGUUAUUAAAAUACAAGAUUUAAUAAAACAUUAUGAUUCAUUAUUAGCAAGUGGACAUGAAUCUGAAACACAUGUUAUUGUUAAUAGUGUUCAAAUUGAAGAUGAUAAAUGGAAACGUCUUUCACGACAAAUUGUCGAUUUACUUCUUGCUCAUUUACAAUCUCAAGAUCAAUCACUUUUGGAUAUUUAUUCCACACAAUUAACACUAUUUGAUGUUGUCUCAUCAGUUGCAUUACGAUCAAUUGAUCCAUUUGUUAUUGCUUUUCGAGCAUUCAAUGAUGUUUUAUUAUCAGUUAAUGGAACACGAGAUGAAACGUUUAGUGCAACUCUUCUUCGAAUUUUAACUAAUACUCGGCAAUUACGUGAUCAAAUCGAUAUGACAUUAGUUUCUCUUGCAUCCGAUUAUCUUUAUAUACUUAUUGAUACAUGUACAUAUGGACAUAAUUUAUUUGAUCUUAUACAUCGUACAUCAGUUGCAAGUCUUUUAUUCGUUUGUGAAGGAAUAGAUUUAGAUGAAAGUGGUCUUGUAUUAGUUUUAUUAAUUGAACAAUUUCUUCCAUUACCAUUAAAUAAACAAUUAUAA